AUGACGAUGGUUCCGAAUCCCGGCAACCGGCCUGGCCGCUCCCCUGCGGCACGCUGGGAGUGUGUAGUCUCCAAGAUGAAUGAGCCGUUCCAUCCACCGUUGCGGGGCACCCUGGAAAUUAGCCUCGAAGAGGCGGGGCUGGCCGGGGCGGGGCGGGAGGUGUGGGGGGAGGGACAGAGGGCGGGCGGGAGGCUGGGGUGGGGGGGAGGGCUGGGGACGCCGUGGCCGGGCCGGGCCGGGCGGGGAGGAGGAGCCGGGGCCGGGCUGGCGGGCGGGCGGGCGGCGGCGGCGGCAUGGCGGAGCCGAGCGGGCCGGGGCCGGAGCCGGGGCCGGGGCCGGGCCAGGGACCGGAAGCCGUGGACCGGGGCCGGGACCGGGACCGAGCCGGGGCCGGGCCCCCCGAUCCGGGUCAUCAAGACCCCAAAGGACAAGGAGGAGAUCGUGAUUUGCGAUCGCGCCUCAGUGAAGGAGUUCAAAGAGGAGAUAUCCCGGAGGUUUAAGGCCCAACAAGACCAGCUUGUCCUGAUCUUCGCUGGCAAGAUUCUCAAAGAUGGAGAUACGUUAAAUCAGCAUGGGAUCAAGGAUGGGCUCACUGUCCACUUGGUGAUAAAGACCCCACAGAAGGCUCAAGAUCCUGCUGCUGCCUCUGCCACUGCUGCCACUACUGCCGCCACCGCUGCUACUGCUGCUUCCUCUGCCCCAGAUGCUGCUUCUGCUCCAGCCCCCACAACAGCUUCACCUGCUGCCCCUGCUCAGCCAUCCACCUCAAGCAGCACUGCCCCUGAUGCUGCUAGUGGAAACCGGAGGAAUAGUGGAGGUGGUCCAACCCCAGGAGCUGGGGAUGGGUCUUCUAGUGGUCCUGCAUCCAUACUCUCUGGCUUUGGGGGCAUCCUGGGGCUGGGCAACCUAGGCCUUGGCUCCGCUAAUUUCAUGGAGCUACAACAGCAGAUGCAGAGGCAGCUGAUGUCCAACCCUGAGAUGCUGUCCCAGAUCAUGGAGAACCCCCUUGUCCAAGAUAUGAUGUCCAACCCUGACCUAAUGCGCCACAUGAUCAUGGCCAACCCACAGAUGCAGCAGCUGAUGGAGAGGAAUCCGGAGAUCAGCCAUAUGCUCAAUAACCCAGAGUUAAUGAGGCAGACCAUGGAACUGGCUCGAAACCCUGCCAUGAUGCAAGAGAUGAUGCGCAAUCAGGACCGGGCCCUGAGCAACCUGGAGAGCAUCCCUGGGGGAUACAACGCCUUGCGUCGCAUGUACACAGACAUCCAGGAGCCCAUGUUUAGUGCUGCUCGGGAGCAGUUUGGCAACAAUCCCUUCUCCUCAUUGGCGGGGAAUUCUGACAGCUCCUCCUCCCAACCUCUCCGGACUGAGAACCGGGAGCCCCUCCCUAACCCCUGGAGCCCCUCAGCCCCCACCUCCCAGGCCCCAGGACCUGCUGGGGAGGGCAGCGGAGGCUCAGGGACCAGCCAGGUGCACCCAACAGUCUCCAACCCAUUUGGGAUCAAUGCAGCUAGCCUGGGGUCAGGGAUGUUUAAUAGCCCUGAGAUGCAAGGUCUUCUCCAGCAAAUUUCAGAGAAUCCCCAGCUAAUGCAAAACAUGAUCUCUGCCCCGUACAUGCGGAGCAUGAUGCAGACGCUUGCCCAGAACCCCGACUUUGCUGCUCAGAUGAUGGUGAAUGUCCCAUUGUUUGCGGGAAACCCCCAGCUGCAGGAGCAGCUCAGGCUCCAGCUCCCUGUCUUUCUACAGCAGAUGCAGAACCCAGACUCACUGUCCAUUCUCACCAACCCCCGUGCCAUGCAGGCCCUGCUCCAGAUUCAACAGGGGUUGCAGACACUGCAGACGGAGGCCCCAGGGCUGGUGCCCAGCCUUGGCAACUUUGGGGCACCCCGGAUUCCUCCUCCUCCUCCUGCAGGAGGUAGCAGUGGUCCAGAGCCCCCCAUCACUACCCCAUCCACGCCAGCUAGUGCCUCUCCAGGGGGGAGCACUGCCAGCCCCCAGCAGCAGCUGAUGCAACAGAUGAUUCAGCUUUUGGCUGGAGGAGGAAAUUCCCAGGUGCAAACCCCAGAGAUUCGAUUUCAGCAACAGCUGGAGCAGCUCAACGCCAUGGGCUUCAUCAAUCGGGAGGCUAACCUGCAGGCCCUGAUUGCUACGGGUGGAGAUAUUAAUGCAGCCAUUGAGAGACUGCUGGGUUCUCAGCCCUCCUAAUCCCUGAGUCCAUCCCCACCGCCCUCAUCCCCCCCCCAUCCAUAUAUGCACACCUAAACAUUGACCUCCCCUACAUCAUUUGGUUCCUUUGACAGCUCCCCAACCUCUCCAGAUCCAUAACCUCAUCUCCUAUGACUCUUCACCUCCUGUUUCUCUGGUCUUCAAGCCUCUUCAGACAGCAGGGGAGGAGGCAUUUGGGGCAUGGCAACCUAACCCCAUAACUCUGUCUUGAGUUUCUUGGUUCUAAUUGUACAUCUCUCUUCCAUUCUGCCCCUGCCUGACCUUUGCAAAGGGAUAUUUAAGCAAUUUUGCCUUUUUAUUUGGGUUUCCCAACUCCAUCCCUGACUGUACCCCAUAUUCUCCAUUACUUGUCAUUAAUGGAACCGAGUCAUGGGAUGGCCUGAUUGGCUUAAUUUAUCAGGGGACAUUGGUCCUCCCCUCCUAGUUGAUUGUGGGAUCUUUCUGUGUCUAAUUCUGACCAUACCCCAGCUUCCUUAUCAGAGCCUUCUCAUUCCCCACCAGCCUCAUCUCCAACCUUACCCCGCCCCUCCCCCCCAUGAAGGGUUGUGAGUUUCUAUGCUUCCAAGUGGGAGAGGGCAGGUAGAGCAGGUAGUUAGUCUAAGAUACUCUCCGAUCGUGCCCCCCCCUUUACUCUUCCCCCAGCAUAUACUAUUCUGAAUACCCUUUAUGUACAAAGCCGUCUCGUGGGCUCUGCUCCCCAUGUUUGGGUUGGGGAGGAAGGUGGAUCACUCUUUCAAGAUACAGAGACAAGGUGGAAUGAUCCUGCUGGAUAGGGAUCUAGAUUAUCAGUGCUGCAGAUAUGGAGUGGGGUCUGGUGUUGGGGGAGGCAGUGAAGCUUCCUGGAGGAGAGAAUAGGUAUUCCCGUUGUUGGAGCAGGUCAGAAUGGGUAGAGUUAGAAGCUAGAAAAAGUCGGCAGCCCUAGGAGCAAAUCUUGGUCUGCCAGACUGAGGUGGAGAGUGAAUCUAGGAGAAGAGACUUUCAAACCCUAAUUAGGGAUUGGAAUUGGAAAGGAGAGAGGGUAGUUCUCAAUACCCACAAUGGUCCCUGUUGACUGCAUAACUCUCAAGCACAGAAUGUUGAUACCCUUCCCUUUCACUUUCCCCACAUAUACACACACACAGACACAAACACAUUUUCAUGUGCUCGAGACCACCAGGGGCUUGUCCAGGUCUGAAGUGACCAGUGCCUUUGGCCCUCCCCUGGGAACUAGGGUUUGUCCCAGAAGGGGCUGGGAUUUUUUCCCUGUCCCUCAGGGAUUGUUGCAGGAGGGAGGGUCCUAUGUUCUAGUUUCAGAACCAUCUCCCCCAAAGAGAAAUGGGGGUUUGCCAGUCUGGGGGUGGGAUGGGAAUAGCUGGUAUGCAGAAGUCUUGAUGCCGAAUAAGGAUGAGCAUGCCCCUUUGAAAAGGGGCAGGGAUAUCACCCAACCAUCCCCUCCCCUUCCACACACAUAUACACAUACACAUGUACAUAAUCACCCCAACCUCUGAAUACUGGUAAGUGCUUUGAGAUCAUAGGAUAGAAGAGGGAUGGGGCCCUCAGCCUCUACAUCCUAAGCCUAUGCCUUUCUUACCCUCUGCUUCAUCCCUUCUCCUUCCACCCCAACGCCCCCAGUUCUUCCUUUUGUUGUCUAUGCCAGAAAGCCCUUUUUGAAGGAGGAACAUGGUGACAAAAGUCAGUUUUUGAGCUGGGGUUGGAGACCAAGAUAGUAGAGAACAGGCUCCUCAUCCCUACCCCAUCCCCCUCCCCCCAAUCCCAUGUAAAUAAAUGGCGUGAUCUUUGUCGA